AUGGAAGAGAGAGAAGAUGAGAGUGUAACAUGGGGUGUGUUGGGUCAAGAAAUGAAGAGGUUAGUCUACAUAGCUGGGCCUAUGUUGGGUAUGACUUUAUCAGAGUAUAUGUUGCAAAUUAUAUCGUUGAUGAUGGUUGGUCAAUUGGGUGAACUUUAUCUCUCUAGCACAUCCAUUGCCAUCUCUCUUUGUGACGUCACUGGUCUCAGUCUUUUG